AUGCGCUAUUCUCACUGUCAAAGGGUUUUAGAAACCGAGCACAAGCGACAAACCCAUUACUUUGGGCGAGAAGGUCGUAUUACUCAGCUGAAGUAUACGACAAGUGUUCUUCUGGCUCUAUAUCUGAUCAGUUGGUUUUUUUCUUGGAGUCAUCCGACGCCAACAUCUCAGAUUUGGAUUGAUGAGGUAUUAGUUGAGGUACUACAAGAUAGUUGGAUAACUACAAUUUCAGGUCUGAUCUUUUCGUUGCUCUUUAUCAGCAGUGCGUUAUUGUUUACUUUCGUAUACUGCACUCGACCCGAAAAAAAAACUCUUAAAAUUUCAAAUACUCAACAUCUUUCUUCCUCAACGGAGCACCCUCAAAGCUCUCCAACCACCCGUGAUCACCCGCAAUCGAGCUUGCGUCCAUCCAACAUGAUCCCAUCUAUGAAUCCACUUCUCUUAAAUCCCCGAACGGAGAAUAUUAGAACAGAGAAACUGUGCGUUGGUGAGCCUUUAGGCAUGGUGGGCAGCAUUCCCUUGGGUAAACAUAACCAAACGGUAGCUGCAGGCCCAACGCACCGUCCAAGAGGCGUCGUAACCUCUACAACUUCGGUAUGUAACACUAAGGAUUUAGAGAACUUCCUUAGGACACGUAUUGGAUCCAAAAGCUCUGAGCCCUUCUCAGAUGCUAUUGUAGAGCCUGUGCUGCAUUCACUAUCUUUGAACACCCCGCUUAAUCCAGCUCGAAUCACAACAGGAAGCGGAAGGCUUCCACAAGAAGGGUGUAUUAACGUGCACUACAACGAUGUCCGUGAGGAACAUCUGAGGGAAGCACCAGCCGCUACUGGUGCGGUUGGUGGUUCAGACAAUGAAGGUCAUUCGUUGUUUCAUGUCUUUGGUGACGUAGAUUGGCUAAGUUUUGGUGUCCGUGAUCCCGAACAUGCACUUUUUCGUCUAAGAGAGUGGGUUCGCGACAUUUGCUCCCGUCUUAACAGUGAAAUCGAACAGUGUGAUCAAUGGCUCGCGAGCCAGGAGCUGACAGCUUUUGACUGCAAUCAUUCGCUUCAAGAAACACUUUCUGUAAAACUACCUUCCGCUGCAAUGCCAAGUCCAUCCUUUACAUGGGGCCAGCCACAGACUUUACAGCAGCAACCGCUGCAGCAGGUUCAAAAACAGGAGCUGAUUCUUUCCGAGCGACAGAAGCUUCAGCGGUCCGUUCCACAGAACUUUAACGUUAUUUCGUAUUAUAACCAGCGACUGGCACUAGAAAAACGGUUGGAUGUGACACGAACGCUUCCUCAGGGUACGGUAGCAUCCAAUUCUGAGCUCGCUGCCCGGCAGCACUACGUUGUGUCACGAUUAGGAAUGCUGGCCAAAAGCAAAAAGUUGCUUUCCUACAAACACAACAGUGGGGACACGGACACGUGGCGCGAAGGAUUUCCCUGUGAUGCACAUAUUCUUCUUCACGUGAUUCGCAAUUCUGUGGAGGGAAUGGAGGGUUACAUCCGAUUAGGCUUCCAUAGUAGCACCCAAACCCAGGAUUUGGCCAUUUGCGUAGGGGAUACGGGCGAACCUUACUUUUAUGUACGCUACCGCACUCAGACUACAGAUCAACGCUUGACUCCUUACCCAGGCCCUAACUCUCUUUUCGAGUCUUUGCUAAUCUACACGGCUAUUAUUCACCGAUAUCACCACGAUGUGUACGGGGGGAUUCGUGGAACGGUAGAUUUGAAGCGGACGGGCCUAAUUAAUAUACUGAAAGAAUAUUAA